AUGGCUGACCCACUCUGGAAAACGGUGGCUCAGAUUCUGACUGGUGUGACCUUCGUCUUCUAUGGGAUUAUUGGAAUUAUGGUUCUCCAUUACAGAAGACAAAAAAUCAGUUUCUACUCAUUUAAGAUAGGCUUUCCUAUAUGGGCAGCUUUAUCUUUUAUCUUUUCUGAAUCAGUGACAGUCGUGUCUGCAAAGAAGCGAACAAAAGCUCUGCUGAGAGGAAACGUGAGAGCUAACACUCUUAGCACAACUGUUUCCGACGUUGGAAUUCUUCUCUCCAACAACUUAAUAAAAAUCAUCUUCCUGGACUGUAACAGAGAUUUAUGUCCUGGUAUCAAAUCAGUUGCAACUGGUCUCAUGGUUAUACUCAUAAUACUAAACUGUUUGCAAUUUUCAAUUACGCUUUCCCUAUCCAUACUCACCUAUAAUGCAGGUGGCGAGAGAACUGAUCAGGUUUCAGGAAGUCCUUAUCAAGGCUUGCUGUCUCAGCUCUCAUUCUACAAAAAUCUUAAGAAGAAGGACACAGUCUUACACUAUAACACCUGAGACAGAAGUACAGAUGUGAGGAUAUGCUUCUGUAACCUGUAAGCAUGCAGAUGGAAAAUGGAAAAAUAAAACAA